AACGUGUGGAGCGCAGCCGCGCAGCUGGGUGGCCAACAUUCCUGAGAAGCACAAAUCCGCUCAACUCUGGGGUGAACCCACACUGGCAACUAGUAACUUCAAGGAUGCCCAAUGAAUGGGUUUAGCUGAAAAUAUACAUAGAAAAAUCAAAAUGAUAAUGUGGUUGGAGUAUUUUUAGGAUUUGAAUGGGUGCAGUCAACAUUUGAUAGCAGCACAUGCCCUCAGCGCAAGAAUAGAAUGCAUACUUUCCUCCUAUUUCUUUCACCAUCAAGAUGGAUUUACAAACCCUGAACGAGACCUCUACGUUGUUGGAGUGUGUGGGACCGCAAGGCGUUGAACCUAAUGGAACGGGGAACGCCAGUCUGGAAUUCAGAAACAUCACCACCUGUGGAAACGCGUCCAUGGUCAAACCGCAACGUGUCAAAGAGAAAGAGGUGGAUUCUCUACGUAUCCUGCUGUACUCCGUCAUCUUCCUUCUCAGCGUGUUUGGCAACCUACUAAUCAUCGUGGUCCUGACGGUCAACAAGCGCAUGAGGACGGUCACCAACUCGUUCCUGCUGUCCCUGGCGGUCAGCGACCUGAUGAUGGCCAUCUUCUGCAUGCCCUUCACCCUCAUUCCCAACCUCAUGGAGGACUUCAUCUUCGGAGCUGCCAUGUGCAAGAUACUGUCCUACCUCAUGGGUGUAUCCGUGAGCAUCUCCACCUUCAGCCUUGUUGCCAUAGCGAUUGAGCGCUAUAGCGCCAUCUGUAACCCGCUGAAGUCGCGGGCGUGGCAGACCCGUUCCCAUGCCUACCGGGUGAUUGCGGCCACAUGGCUGCUAUCCUUCAUGAUCAUGAGUCCAUACCCCGUGUUCACCCACCUGGUCCACAUCCCCCUGAAAGACAACACCACGAUUGCACGCAAGUGUCGUCACAUCUGGCCCCAGAGGGAAGUGGAGCAGACCUGGAACCUGAUGCUGCUCCUUACUCUGUUCGUGGUCCCGGGGGUGGUGAUGAUGGUGGCUUAUGGCCUCAUCUCCAGGGAGCUGUACCGCGGCAUGCAGUUUGAGCUAGGCCAGAAGACAACUUCCCCUGGUCUAAAGAGCAGCCUGACCACCACAGUGUCCUGUGGCAGCGACGAUGGCGACGGUUGCUACGUCCAGGUGUCCAAGCGGCCGCACUCCAUGGAGAUGUCCACUUUGACGUCAUCCGCAGCUAGCGUGUCCAAAGUGGAGCGUGCCCGUAGCAACACGUCAGAGGCCAAGCUGCUCGCCAAGAAGCGCGUGAUCCGGAUGCUGGUGGUGAUCGUGGUCCUGUUCUUCCUGUGCUGGCUGCCCCUCUACUUCGCCAACACCUGGAAGGCUUUCCACACGGCCUCCGCCUACCGCGCUCUCUCCGGCGCCCCCAUUUCCUUUAUCCACCUGCUGUCCUACACCUCGGCCUGUGUCAACCCGCUCAUCUACUGCUUCAUGAACACGCGCUUCCGCAAGGCACUGCUCGCCACCUUCGCCUGCUGCCACCCACCCUGCCGACACCGACGCCGCGGCCUGCGAGACGGAGAGGAGGACGCCAUGACAACAGGGGCGUCCAUGUCCAAGUUUAGUUACACCACCGUCAGCUCCAUGGCGACGUGUUGAGGGGGCUGGUGGCUGGUGGGGCGGCAGGGGAAGUUGUUGUGCUGUAUGUUUAGUCAUUUACCCUGCGGUCACUAGGUAACGGAAAACACCGAAACACUACCACGACUGUAAUGUUGAUUUGAAUGCCAAUGGGGGUCAGAAAGAUAAUUAUUAACUGUAUAUGGGAAGGGAAGAACUAACCAUGAGACAUCCAUAGGUAAAUCAAUGCGCUAGUUGCAAAACAAAAGGAAUUUAAAUAUAAUAGCACUGUUUCGCAUUUGCACAUGUCCAUAUGUGAUGCAAACAGUAUAUAAUUCAGUAGUAUACGUAUGUAGCCUAUUAUCUGUUUAUAAUGUUCAAGCUUUUAUGAAGCGGUGUAACGUUUGCUGAACGAAUCCAAUAGGAAAUGACAUGAGGGUGGGAUAUUAAUGUUAUGGGUUGGUGUGGAGUUGUAUUAGUGGUCCAAAAAGGAUCACAGUACAGUAUUUUUUGUCAAUGUGUAUUGGCAAUGCUUGUAUCGUCACGUUACAUUGGGUGUUAACGCUGAAUAUGUGCUUGUUGUUGGUGUUGUUGUCAGUGAGCCGAAGCUAAGGGAAAUCUGCUGUGGGCAAUGAGGGCCUGCCUGUAGAUGCACAUUUAUAUUACAUGUUAUGUGUUAUGUGUUUCCUGUGCUGUGGGUAGUGUCAUUCAUUAUGAACAUUGUGAAUAACGUGUCGAUACGUGUGGCGUCAGCAUAACCAGAACAGAUGUGGAUCGAAGACCAGACUCAGUCGAAACCAAACCAAACCAACCUUGCCAGAAAAAGACGAUUAGGGAUGAUUGGGGUAUUGAGGAGGUACUAUUACCAGAUAUUUAGGCUGUUACUCUUGUUCUAAUGUGCCGUCUCUCUCCGAGGUAACUCCUUGUUUUUUUUUGGUUGUUCAUAACUCUGGCAGCCGACAAAUGUUGCAUAUCAUGACUGUAUGGGUAAAUUCUCUGUGUACUGUGUGUGUCCUCUGUUCUCUAAAAGGCUGCAUCGUCCAUGCAUCUACUGGAUUUGUUGUGGUGUGUGCGUGUGUAUUUAUUGUGCUGCUCAAUGCAGGUUUAGUGAUUCAUCUGCUGUGAGUCUCAUCAGACAUCACCCAACGGCUUCAGCAUCAUUUAGGUUUAAGUCGUCUAGGUUUAGCCCAAAUCCCUGAAAUUUACAUAACGUUGUAGAUUAUAAUAUUUAAAGGCUGCCAUUUUUCCAAAUUCCAAUUGGAUGUUUUUGAACUUAUUUCCUAGCAUUGCCAAAACACACCUGAGGAUGCAGCUGAAAUAAAUGACUAAAUGUUGCACUGCCCAGGGAACAAACAAGUAGUGUGCUAGAUAGGGGUUAGAAUGCCAUUUCUGACCCACCCUUAGUUUCUAUGCCUUGUCCACUCCACUCGCACUAAUUGUGUUACGACCUUGGCCGGUCAGAGUGAAGAGCAUACUUCCCUCGGCUCUGCAUCCGACACAAUGAUGUUAAUUUCACAAAGAUGUAUGGUGAGCUACUGUUGGGUCCCUUCUGACAGGUAGAGGCCCAUAAUCUGGUUGAUCUCUGCAGACAAGGGCCCAUUCCGCGUAGCGGACCCAAAAGCAUGUGUGGAGACCAAAAGCUUUCGUGAUUUGUUACACUCUCCUUUGUUAGUAUUGUGUUAGGAGUAGACCAGAGACAGCACGGCGCCAUAUCCUAGGGGACCUGGAGCAAGGAACUUAACCCAAACUACCCUUGUAAAUCACUCCAGAUGAGAGUGUCUGCUAAAAAUGUAAUUAUAAAUGAUUAGAUGGCAUGGGAUAUUUACUUCAUCUCCCUGACUCAGUGUGGGUUACAGGACAGGUUUAGUUUUCUUUUCAUUGCUAUUACUCUUCUGUCGGACUGCACAGCUUUUUCCUUUGCUCCCUUUGACUUUCUCUGCUGAUGGUUGAGCUUCUGCCGCUCCCGUUGUUGUGUUCUUAGAGGUCCCCUCCAGGGAGAGAGGGGGGAGGAGUCGCACAUACAAACUUCCCAGACUUUACCUCAGUUGACUGAUGACCACGCACCCUUAGAGGGGCCUGAGGCACUUAGAUCUGCCCACUGACCUUCUCUGUCUCAUCAUCUUCUCUGUCCACCUUUCAUCUGCUAACUGUGGCAGAAGACCAGUCACAGGGAAGGUUUCAGCUUUGAGUGAGAAUGCAGGGUCAGGCAGAGAGAGAGAGAGAGAGAGAGAGAGAGAGAGAGAGAG